GAUGUAGGCUAGUUUACGAAGCUAACAAAUGAGCAAGGCAGUAAGCAACAAGAAUUACGGGGAUAACGUGGAUGAGGCAGAGGGAGUCAGUGAUGUAAACAUAACUGAGGUCAGAGACAUUGAUCACCUAAACAUCAUCAUCAUCUUUGUGCUGCUUGUGUUCGAUGUAGUGGUUGUUCAGCCUGGAUACAUUCAUUAGGGGAAGUGGAAAGAGGAAGCCGCCACAUGGCGCAGGCAAUGCAGCUCGUCUUCUUUCUCUACUUGUUGGCCUCAGUUGAAGCCACUGAUGUUUUUAGGCUGGUUAACAGCUCUGUUCAACUGGAUGUACAAAAGCAAGCUCCUAAAGAUGUCUCUGUUAAAUGGACAUUUAACACAAAUAGAACUAUUGUGCGGAACAUUGGAACUUUAUCCAGAAAUUAUAAAGACAAAGCUGGGUUCAAUACAAAAACUUUCAGUUUGACACUAAAGAACUUACAGAAGAAUGAUAGUGGAAUCUAUGCCGCAGAUGCAGAAAAUGAUGAUAUGACCACAAAUGUUGCAAAAUACCAAUUAUGUGUGUUGGAUCCAGUGAAGAAACCAGUCCUUAAUGUCUCUCACCAGGAAAGUAAUGGCACCUGUAAUGUAACUUUCAUCUGUAAAACUCAGAAUUUCUCAGUUACCUCUAACUGCUACAGUGAUCAGUGUGAUAACAAAACAGAGAAAGUAUCUGGAAACUUCCUGCUUUCAUUGUAUAUCAGAAAUGACUUCAUCAUUUGUAAUCAUAGCAACCCAGUCAGCUGGGAAACUGCCACUAUGGAGAUGGAACAUGUGAGACAACUCUGCCUUUCUAAAGGAGACAAAGAACCACCCGCUGGGCCUCCAUUAAAUAAUCCUGUAAUCCUGUUAAUCUCUGUAGUCACACUUACUGUAGGUCUUGGUUUCAUUAGUAUCAUCAUCUAUUUUCUUUACAAGAAAUACAGUAGGACAACAGAAUCUGACACCAGAGUCUAUAAAGAAGUUAAGGAGGGAAAUGAAUUACAGACAAUUGAGGAGUCAGAGAAGCUUGAAACUGCUGGUACUGUUUACUGUAAUGUCAGGAAGCCAUCUGAGACUUAUGAUGAGAGCACUGUAAGAACUGCAAAUCCUGGCAACAAGGGCUUUUUCUUCUUCAUGUCUUUAGAAUCAAGGAGCAGAAAAUAUUUACAAGUCAUUGGAAUUCACAACACCUCAAGACAUUUAUUACACAGUGAAUAAGAAUGAUAAAAUAUUGUAAGAAACUCAGUUGGAAGCAAAUGGAAGCAAAAGAAUGUGUUAUUUUCAUUUAUUUGCAUUUUGAAAAUUGUUUUACUCAUCUGUAAUCAUUCAUCUGUAAUCAAUUAAGACUUGUUCCAUUAGAUCUUAUUGGCAUGAAAAUAUCUUGUCUCUCAAAGUUUAACAAAGAAAAAAUAAACAUUGCUAGGAGUUCAGGAAGAAACCAACAUUUCCAGAAUGACAACUGCAAUUUUUAUGAAAUGUUUUUAAAACUGG